CGUGUUUAUCAGAAGUGGGCGGGGCUUCACCCAUGUGAAUUCGUAUUGGCUGAAUGAGCUGUCAAUCACAGUCCCAGGCAAGAUUGGGGAGUGAGAGAGUGAGAGAGAGAGAGAGAGAGAGAGAGAGACAGCAGACGAGUGGAGCAGCGGCAUGGUGCAGACACAACUGACUACAAAGAGUGCUGCAGUCAUGUAAAGGCGAACGUAGAGGACGUCCACUGAAGACUGUCCUGCAUUAAACAGAGAAAAAGUGAGGAAAGAGAAACUCCCACACUGAAUACACACUGCAGGAAGGUUCAGAUUAGAUGGAAUAAAUCAUGGUUCUGACUGAUUAAAACAACUUCAACAAAGUAUUUCCACCUUUUCAGCCUUAAUCUCUACUACUGACUGACCGAAUGACUCGUUCCAUCGAAUACGAUUCUUUUGAUUCUUAAUCAAACCUGCUUAAGUGAAUCAAAGUGGCUGAGUUUAGAUUCAUUUGAUUCACCACUCAGGUCGGUGUAGAGACAUAUGAAGGCUACAGUAACGCACGUUUGUGACUUUAUAUGAGCGCCGAACAAACUUUCACAGCAUACAGUAUAUUUUUUGGGAAAGAAAUAAACUACCUUUUGUAUGCUAACUGCUAACCUAGCCAAGAUCACAUUUACAAAUACAGGCUAUUCAAUAUUCUUGCUUGUGAAUUGAUUCAUCCAAUUCACUUUUGAAGCAACAGUUUAACAGAAUUGAUUCUUUUACUCAUUCUCAUUCAUUAUUGAACCCAUUGAUGAUAAAACUUUUGUAAAAUUUUGGAUUCGUUAUUCAAAUCAAUUUGCUUGAUUCACUUAAAAAGUGUUUAAUUAAAAAGAAUUGAUUCAUUUGUCCAGUUUAAUCACUAAGGAAAUUACUACUAACUAUUUUUAAAUUGAAAAAUGACAACGAUACGUUUGAUUUAUUCAUGUUUUCGAUUAAAAAGUAUCAAUUUGUUUGGUGAGUCUCGUUAAACUCAUCAUUAAAUCUUCUGAAGACAUGGAUGAGGAGUGGAAGGAGAGGGAGCGCAGCAGCUUUUGCAUGCUGAACUGGGAGCAGGUGAAGCGUUUGGACACCGUCCUCACCGAGUCCAUCCCCAUCCACGGCCGGUGGAGUUUCCCCACGCUGCAGAUGAAGCCGCGGGACAUCGUUAAGGCCGUGCGAUGCAGAAUGGCCGAGCAGAACAUCUGCGUACGCGAGGUUCGGCUAAACGGUUCGGCCGCUAGCCACGUCCUGCACGAGGACAACGGCUUAGGAUACAAAGACCUGGACCUGAUCUUCUGCACCAAGCUAAGGGACGAGAUGGACUUCCAGACUGUCAAGAACAUCGUGCUGGAUGCUCUCCUGGACUUCCUGCCCGAAAUAGUGAACAAGACCAAAAUAACGCCACUCACACUAAAGGAGGCGUAUGUUCAGAAGAUGGUGAAGGUGUGUAAUGACUCGGACCGCUGGAGUCUCAUCUCUCUGUCCAAUAACAGCGGGAAGAACGUGGAGCUGAAGUUCGUUGACUCUCUGCGCCGUCAGUUCGAGUUCAGCGUCGACUCCUUCCAGAUCCGCCUGGACUCGCUCCUGCUGUUCUACGAGUGCUCUCUGGAGAAUGUCAUGAGCCUCUCGUUCCACCCAUCUGUCCUGGCCGAGAGCGUGUACGGUGAUUUCUCCGAGGCCCUGGAUCACCUCCAGCAGCGUCUCAUCGUCACGCACAACCCUGAAGAGAUCCGCGGUGGCGGCUUGCUCAAAUAUUGCCACCUGCUUCUGCGAGGCUUUCACGCCCCAAACCGCCGGGAGAAAGGCGAAUACCGUGAGCUGCUACAGCGCUACAUGUGCUCGCGCUUCUUCAUCGACUUCCCACGUGCAUCUGAGCAGCAUCGCAAGCUCGAGUCCUACCUCCAGAGCCACUUUGUCGGGCAGGAGGAGUGUAAGUUUGCGUACCUGAGCACGCUGCACAGCGUGGUGCGCGAGAGCAGCGCGUGUCUGAUGAACCGCGAGAGAUGCCGAGUGCUCGAGAUCAUCGCUGCGAUGGCUGUGAGAGCGCUGGCUGAACACAGCGACGUCCCGAAUGUGGAGAACGUCACGUGCUACUACCAGCCCGCUCCUUACGUCAAAGACGGAAACUUCAGCAACUACAGCGUGGCUCAGGUGCAGAACGUGUACACCUGUGAAACGGACCAAUCAGGACAAGUCUGGCUCUGUUUGUUCAUCUGAGACACGUGCUGAAAAUAUAGUUAUAUGUCAACCAAUCAGAGUGGAGCUGAUGAUAGACAGCACCACAGACCAAUCAGAAUGACUUCUCAUGUAGGAAGAGAAAGAUCAAAGCCAGACCUUUAAGGAAGCAGAAGAAAUCCCAACCAAUCAGAGAUCAGCGAUUGUAAAGCAGACCAAUCAGGACAACUGUGGUUUGGUUUGAUCUGCACAAAUCCUUUUUUAUCUGAAUUAUGUAAUCCAGUUUAAUUCACCUGAAGCCACCAAUCACAGAGCGGGAGCCAUGUGAUGAACAGGAAAUCGACCAAUCCGAGAAAAGCUUUGUUUUCUGAGCUGAACAUUGGAUUGUUGUACACCUUUUUUUAUGCACUUUAAAAAUACGAAGCAGAAUUCAAAUCCAGAGAUGUGAACAUUCUUUUAUCGUUUUUAAAGAAUUAUCAUCAUUUGGGACACCUUUUGGUUUGGUUUCUGUUGAAGCAACCAGUCAUGAAGCAGGCGUCUAAUGAUGACAUCAGAAUCGAACAAUCACCAUGACCUUGGUUUGGUUUGGUUUGUUGGCCUGAGGGAUUUUUUGUUUUUAAUUUCCAAGAUAAAAAUAUGGAGAAGAAUUCAAGUCCACACCUUUCUGGCUGUAAAACAACAUUCAUAAAUUACUUUUUAUGCAAGAGAGAAAGAGGGAGAACGUGAUGGUGGGAGACGAGAACCGAGAGAGAGGAGAGAGAAGGUCACUCAGUUCAGUUUCCAGUGGACGCCAAAAUCUGAAGAAACACCCGUCACACCGGCAACAUGAGCCUGAGAGCUAGAACCCAGCUCUGAUUCUGAUUAGGACCAUAAAGAGAGAGGAGAGAGAGAGAGAGAGAGAGAGAGAGAGGGAAUAUUCCUGCUAGCUUUGCUUUGGAUUUAGUACAAACAUAAAAAUGUCAUGUUCACACUGCAGCAGAUUUGUUCUCAUUUUAGCGUUAGCCGAACUCUAACAUGCACGUAUACUAAAAUCGAGAAUUUUACAGAUCUAUCUGUGAUUUUUAAGAUUUUGAGCCAUAAUUUUUUUAACUCCAAUGUCAAUGCAAAUACAACUUUCCAACAUACUAUAUAUCUCUGUAUAACUAUAAACAAUAUUCGCAGAUAUAUUUACUCAUAUUUUUGCCAAAAAUGUCAGACCUUUAAUUCCGAAGUCUCAGAAUGCUCAUUAUAUUAAUGCGGCUUAUUCACUGAAGCGAUGUAUGUACUGAUUUUUUUUCCUUUAAGUAGCAUAUUGUCUGGAUUUCUUUAAGACACCAAACAGAAUACAGAGAAUUCUGAGACUAUAAGUGCCUGUAACGGGACAAAUGCAACAAAUCGACGUUAUGAAAGGACGUGUUUGAGUGUGUGUUUGAGAAAAAUAGGUUUGUUAGGCAUUAUUAUAAUGGUAUAAUGGAAUAUUAUGGGCGGGGUCUCCUCUGCUGGCCUGCACGGGCUGUUAAUUGCAUUAACAAAGGUGUGUGUGUGUGUGUGUGUGUGCGCGUGUGCGUGCGUGUAAGGUGUGUGUGUGUGCAUGUGCGUGCGUGCGUGUAAGGUGUGUGUUACUCCCGGACACUCACCUCCAUCUACAUGACCUCAAUGAGCUCCAGCUAAGCUCAGAUUAGCGUGUAGAGCCAAUGCCAUUACAGCUGAAGGAGAAGAUGAAAGUCAUUUCCUUUAGAUCACAGCACAAAAUGUAAAAUAACGGCACCUUCUUAAACGUUCUUAAAGUUUUCACGCCCAGUUUUGAUAUGCUACACAUUAUAGUAGGGCGCUGCAGAAUUCUGGACUGUGAUUGGUCAGAAGGUGUUGAUUAGUUUUCUAGAACAGCAGCUCUGACAGUAGUGCAGCUGCAAAUCGCAGGUUUAUGUUAAUGCGCUAAUACCUUAUCGUUUCUAUAGUAAGGGACGUGUACAGCGGACGCUCCGCAUAAACAGAUUUUAAAAAUUGUUGAUACGGUGAAGUUUUCUCCGGGGUAAGGAGAUGUUUAUGUAACAUGUAUGGAAGGAGUCUCCAGUGUCAGUGCUUUGUGACAGUCAGAGGUAAAGCUGUAGAAGUUUUCCGACAUCUUCAGGACAGAGAGAGGAAUAAAGAGAGGCUGGUGAUGGAGUGAUAGAUGCAUCUGAGAGACUGAGAGAGUGUGAUGUGUUUCUGCAGUGUGGACUUUCCCUUCAUCUUUAACCUCUUUAUCAUCCUCGACAUCUAAUUUUGACUCCUCUAGUUUUGUAACGUGUUUAACGUUUAAAGCGAAUAUUUCCAUGGUUUCUGAUGCUGUGAAAAGAUAAAAGUGUUUAUAACAAGUGAUAAAAAAAUCAUUACUGUGUGUUUUCUGAAAAAGCUAGCUUUAUUUUUUUCCAGAACAUUCUGGCGUCUUCAUAUAUAUUUGCAGAGUGUGUAUUUGUGCAUGUGUGUGUGUGUGUGUUUAAUAUGUCUAUAUCAAAGGAUUUACCGUUAAAUUGAAAUUAAAGUGCCCUUGAAAUGAA